ACGUAAAACGAAAAUAGACUGGCUUGUUCGGUAAAAUAACGUUUAAUCAUUGCAAAAGCUUAAGAAGGAGGACCAACCGUCACCAGUAACGAUGGCGGCUUCGAGUCUACUGGAUAGAUACUCCACCGAACUCCAUAACGAGCAAGUACAUAAAUUGGACCAGUACCUGCACCAGCUUCAUCUGUCUGAUAUAACCGUGAUGGAUAUAUCCAUGAGAUUUCGCCGAGAAAUGGACAAAGGCCUUUGCAGAGACACCAACCCCACAGCUGCUGUCAAGAUGCUGCCAACGUAUGUGCUCUCUACACCUGAUGGAUCAGAACAAGGAGAUUUCCUGGCCCUUGACCUUGGUGGAUCCACCUUCCGGGUGCUUCUGGUUACAGUUAUGGCGAAUGGCGAGCAAAAGGUGGACAUGGAAAAUCAAAUCUAUGCUAUUCCUGAGUACCUCAUGAGAGGCAACGGAUCUGAGUUAUUUGAUCACAUUGCUGAAUGUUUGGCUAGUUUCAUGGAGAAGUUAGGAAUCAAGGAUAAAAGGCUUCCUUUGGGCUUUACCUUCUCUUUUCCCUGCCAACAGAGCAAGCUGGAUGAGAGUGUAUUGAUUUCUUGGACAAAAGCAUUCAAGGCAGGUGGAGUAGAAGGAAACAAUGUUGUCAGCCUCCUGCAGAGAUCCAUCAAAAAACGAGGGGACAUCAAUGUUGACAUUAUGGCAGUCAUCAAUGACACAGUUGGAGCUAUGAUGACCUGUGGCUAUGAUGAUCAUCGUUGUGAAAUUGGCCUCAUUGUGGGAACGGGGACAAACGCCUGUUACAUGGAGCAGAUGAGGAACAUUGACGUGCUGGAUGGGGAUGAGGGGCAGAUGUGUAUCAAUACAGAGUGGGGUGCUUUUGGAGAUGACGGUGCCUUGGAAGACCUGCGCACAGAUUUUGACAGAGAAAUCGAUGCUGGCUCUCUCAACCCUGGCAAACAGCUUUUUGAGAAGAUGAUCAGUGGAAUGUACAUGGGAGAACUGGUCCGUCUCAUUCUCGUGAAAAUGGCCAAAGACCAGCUUCUGUUCAAUGGCAAGGCUACACCUCAGCUCAAUACUACUGGGAAGUUCACCACCAAGUGCAUCUAUUCCAUAGAGAGUGACAACAUAGAGGAAGGUCUAAAGAGUGCUCAAAGUGUGCUUCAGGCACUUGGCCUGGACCCAACUUUGGAGGACUGCAUCGCCACUCUGCGAGUAUGUCAGAUUGUUUCAACACGGGCUGCACAUUUGUGUGCUGCCACUCUUGUGGCAGUACUCCGGCAGAUCAGAGACAAUAAAGCAGCUGAGAAGCUGCGCACCACGAUCGGAGUGGAUGGCUCUGUCUACAAAAAUCAUCCUGAGUUUCCAAGGAGGCUCCACAAGAUGGUAAAACGGCUUGUGCCUGACUGCGAAGUGCGUUUUUUGAGGUCUGAGGUUGGCAGUGGGAAAGGUGCUGCUAUGGUCACAGCCGUCGCCUUACGCCUCGCUGCUCAGAAUGCUGACCGUCAACGCAUCCUUAACACUCUGCGUUUGAAUCGGGAGCAGCUGCUGAGAGUGAAAACACUCGUAGGUGAAGGUAUGCUGCGAGGCCUGUCAAAGCAAGAACAUGACCAGGCCAGCAUCAGGAUGCUUCCAACAUUUGUCGGGUCCAUUCCAGAUGGAACAGAACAUGGGGAUUUCUUGGUUUUGGACCUUGGAGGCUCAAGUUUUAGAGUGUUGCUUGUGCAUGUGCGAAGCGGCAAAAGACACAACGUUGACAUGCACCAGAAGGUCUACAAUAUCCCACAGGAGACAAUGCAAGGCACAGGAGAAGAGCUUUUCACCCACAUUGUGGAGUGCAUGGCCAACUUUCUGGAAAAUAGGGGCAUGAGUGGAGCAUCCUUACCUUUGGGAUUUACAUUCUCUUUCCCCUUUCACCAAAGCAAAUUGGAUCAGGGCAUUCUUCUAAAGUGGACGAAAGGCUUCAAAGCUAGUGGAUGUGAGGGACAAGAUGUCGUUAAAUUACUCAAGGAUGCUGUGCAACGCCAACAGGAAUUCAACUUAACUUUUGUGGCUGUAGUUAAUGACACAGUAGGAACCAUGAUGACCUGUGGUUAUGAGGACCCCAAGUGUGAGGUGGGACUCAUUGUUGGCACAGGGACCAAUGUCUGCUACAUGGAAGAGAUGCGGAACAUAGAAGUGGUUGAUGGUGAUGAUGGCCAGAUGUGUGUCAAUAUGGAAUGGGGGGCAUUCGGUGAAAAUGGCGAAAUGGACGACUUCAUCACGCAGUUUGAUUGUGUCGUUGAUGCGUCCUCGAAUCAUCCUGGAAAACAGAGGUACGAGAAGAUGAUUAGUGGAAUGUACCUUGGUGAGAUCGUGAGACACGUGCUAAUGGAAUUCACUGCCAAGGGUUUGCUGUUCAGAGGCAAACUGUCUGAGCAACUCAAGACCCGGGGCAUAUUUGCGACAAGAUUUUUGUCACAAAUUGAAAGUGACCGUCUGGCAAUGAGGCAGGUCCGUUGCAUCCUGCAGCACCUUGGUCUUGUCACGUCCACGUAUGAUGACAGCGUCCUCGUUAAGGAGGUUUGUAGCGUGGUGUCCCGGCGCGCUGCACAGCUCUGCGGCGCUGGUUUGGCCGCUGUUGUUGAUAAGAUAAGAGAGAACCGCAACAUGCAGCAGCUUACUAUUACAGUUGGAGUGGACGGCACCCUUUAUAAGAUGCACCCUCAUUUCUCCAGGAUCAUGCAAGAGACGUUGCAAGAUUUGGCACCACAGUGCAACGUGACUUUCCAUAAGUCAGAGGAUGGGAGUGGCAAAGGAGCAGCACUGAUCACAGCAGUGGCCUGCAAAAUGAACAGCAGCGGGCAGAACUACAGCGGUUAAAAAGCUCAGCAUUGACGUGCUGUGAGAUUCACGUCAGGUCUGAGGGGGACUUGCACUACUGAAAGAAUGAAGAUACAGUUCAAAUAAAAGACAGCAGAUCUCCAUCAAAGAAAAUGUAUGAAAGUGACCUGAAAUCCAAAUGUUUUGUGUUGAAGGUAGGAAAAAAUAGUUUCAACCUGCAGUUCAUCCACAAUUCAACCAAAAAAAGACAAUACUGUACAAGUGGCACUGACUGUUAAAUGCUGCCAAAUUAGAGCUACUGUUAGAUAAUACAUGAUGCUAUGUUAUUCCUAUAUACUACAUAGUACCAGCACCAUAUUACACAUGUGUUUUUCUUUGUGUUGUAAAGUUAGGAAACAAAGCUUUUGCAGGUUGAUUUACUGCGUAUGUACUUAUGACGUUAAAAAGGGUGAAAUAAAAGCAAAGCAGAGUUGUUUUCCUCCCAUGAGCUGACAAGAUACUGCACCGUUUAAUCAUGUAAUAAUAGGUCAUUAUUGUAUGUACAGUUGUGCUCAUAAGUUGGGAGAAUUUAUGAUUUCUUGGCCAUUCUUCAGAGAAUAUGA